GUCACGUCAGCUGCCGUCGUGUCGGGAUUGGAAUGUUACCGACUAACAAUCGGAACAACUGAGCACUCGGUAAUUGGACACUAGGAUCAAGGAAUCCCGUCUUUUUGAACAUUUUCUCAGCUACUCACCCGGUGUGAGGUCAGCGUUUGCUGCUGCUCGUGUCGACCGGAUAACUUCGCCUGCUGCGCGGCUCCCCGCCGAUGAGGUUUUUAUUUUAUAUCAGCGCGUAUGAGGCUGUGUGGGGAGGUUGUAAUAAAUAAGAAGAGAAAUGCAGGGAUUCGUCAGGUUACAGUUGUACCGCUGAGCUGCCCCUGCGCUACGACGCUUUCCCCGGUUUUUUCUUGCUUCUCCUCACCCGAGACUAUGGAGUGAUAAAAAAGAGGGGAAUAGGACGAAAUCACCCCGAGGCGUUUGGAUCUGAGCGCGGCGGCCACACCGACGGGCUUUUUUACACUCCCGGUGAAUGUGUUAUACCGAGUUUAACAUCUAAACCGGGGUAUACCUUUUCCGUCUGGGAGAGCCUCGGGGACCCCUGCCGCUAUUCAUCCGGAGGGAGAGAGUUCCCAGACGACUGUCGGACAGUUUUCCAUUUGAAUAGCCCCGCACAGCCAGUCUGAAUGAGGGUGAGAAGAAGCGCUGGGGAAGAGAGUCGCGUAUGAUUGUGUCCGAGACUGAGUCCGGGCACCACUCAUCUUUCUAGGUGCACCCAAGCCUUCGCUGUAGGCGCUGUGCGAUAUGCUGAAACUCUACAGAAGAGGGAGAGAGGGACAAUACUUUUAAAAUCGCCCACAUGCACUGGAUCAAUUGCUGGAUUUGGGAACCGAAUACGCAGAAGGGGGGUUGGGGAUCCUUGGAGGCUGCCGGAGGAUGGAGCGGUGUAGCCGGGGUUGGUGAGAGCCUAACUUCGGGCCACUUUACAUUUCUUAUUCCUAAACAACUCGCCCCUGUUCCCAGGACACAUGCAGGCCAAAAAACGCUACCUGAUCCUGCUCUCCGCCGGUGCAUGUCUAGUGCUUCUCUUCUACCUCGGAGGGGUUCAACUUCCAGCGGCGAGCAGGAGCCGGCAUGACCGCAGCCGGAAUGGGUACCGGCCCGACCAGCCCUGGCCUCACUUCUCGGACCCUUUACAACCUUUCCUGCCCUGGGAUCACACGGACACCGAGGAGUACAACCUGCACACAUCUCCGAUGCAGAAGAGGGACGUCAACACGAGUGUUUACAAAGGCAAACGGUGCCGCAUGGAUUCAUGCUUUGAUUUCUCUCUGUGUAAAAAGAACGGAUUCAAAGUUUAUGUUUACCCGCAGCAGAAGGGGGAGAAGAUCUCAGAGAGUUACCAGAAUAUUUUAUCGACCAUAGAGGGGUCCAGGUUUUACACCUCAGACCCCGGACAGGCGUGUCUGUUCGUCCUGAGUUUGGACACGCUGGACCGGGACCAGCUGUCCCCGCAAUACGUCCACAACCUGAAGACCAAGGUUCAGAACCUGCCCCUGUGGAACGACGGCAGGAACCAUCUCAUAUUUAACUUGUACUCGGGGACGUGGCCGGACUAUACGGAAGACUUGGGCUUUGACAUCGGUCAGGCCAUGUUGGCCAAAGCCAGCAUCAGCACCGAUAACUUCAGGCCCAACUUCGACGUGUCCAUCCCCCUCUUCUCCAAGGAGCACCCGAGGACCGGCGGAGAGAGGGGGUACCUCAAGUACAACUCCAUCCCGCCUUUCAGAAAAUACAUGCUGGUGUUCAAGGGGAAGCGCUACCUGACAGGUAUCGGCUCGGACACCAGGAAUGCCUUAUAUCACGUCCACAACGCCGAGGAUGUGGUGUUGCUCACCACCUGCAAGCAUGGCAAAGACUGGCAGAAGCACAAGGACGCACGCUGUGACAAGGACAACGCGGAGUAUGACAAGUAUGACUACAAGGAGAUGCUCCACAACUCCACCUUCUGUUUGGUGCCCCGCGGCAGACGACUGGGCUCCUUUCGCUUCCUCGAGGCGCUGCAGGCUGCAUGUGUGCCGGUGAUGCUGAGUAACGGCUGGGAGCUACCUUUCUCCGAGAUCAUCGACUGGAACACAGCUGCAGUCAUCGGCGACGAGAGGCUCCUGCUGCAGAUUCCAACCACGGUUCACUCCAUCCACCAGGAUAAGAUCCUGUCCCUCAGACAGCAGACUCAGUUCCUGUGGGAGGCGUACUUCUCCUCCGUGGAAAAGAUAGUGCUGACCACACUGGAGAUCAUCCAGGACCGCGUGCUGGAACACGGCUCCAGGAGCAGCCUGAUGUGGAACAGUCACCCCGGAGGACUCUUCGCCCUGCCGCAGUACUCCGGCUACCUGGGAGACUUCCCCUUCUACUACGCCACACUGGGUAUCAAACCGUAUCCCAAGUUCACAGCCGUCAUCCACGCCGUCUCCCCUCUGGUGUCCCAGUCGCAGCCCAUACUCAAGCUCCUGGUGGCUGUGGCCAAGUCCCAGUACUGUGCACAGAUUAUUGUUCUCUGGAACUGUGACAAGCCUCUCCCCGCCAAACACCGCUGGCCUGCCACCUCAGUGCCCGUCAUCGUCAUCGAGGGAGAAAAUAAGGUGAUGAGCAGCCGCUUCUUGCCCUAUGAGACCAUCAUGACCGACGCUGUCCUCAGCCUGGAUGAAGACACAGUGUUGUCCACCACAGAGGUGGACUUCGCCUUCACCGUGUGGCAGAGUUUUCCCGAGCGAAUCGUAGGUUACCCUGCACGCAGCCACUUCUGGGACAGCAACAAGGAGCGUUGGGGCUACACAUCCAAAUGGACCAACGAUUAUUCGAUGGUGCUGACCGGAGCAGCCAUCUACCACAGGUAUUACCACUACCUGUACACCAACUACUUGCCCACUAGUCUAAAGAGCAUGGUGGACCAGCUGGCCAACUGCGAGGACAUCCUGAUGAACUUCCUGGUCUCCGCUGUCACCAAGCUGCCGCCCAUCAAGGUCACACAGAAGAAACAGUACAAGGAGACCAUGAUGGGACAGUCUUCGAGGGCUUCCCGCUGGGCUGAUCCGGACCACUUCGCCCAGCGCCAGACCUGCAUGAACAAGUUCGCCAGCUGGUUUGGCGCCAUGCCGCUGGUCUACUCCCAGAUGAGACUGGACCCCGUCCUAUUCAAGGACCAGGUCUCCAUCCUCCGCAAGAAAUACAGGGACAUCGAGAGGCUCUGACAGGACCGGCGCCCCCUCGGGGGAGACCCCACGCAGGGGGAGGCACGAGAGAGAGACUCUGUGGAGAGUAGAAGGAGUAGUCGGACUACAGCAGGAUGGACAGGGAGCGAUGCAGCUCUGUCUUCCACUCAGCACAUUGCCAAUGACCACAGCGCCGCCGCCGCCGCCGCCACCACCGCCGCUGCUGCUGCCAGGACUUGACGCAGGAACGGUUGAACAGGAGACAAGCAGAUGGCGUUUUGGAUUUGAAAAACACAAACACAGACAGACAAAGAGAAGUACACAAACUGACAGACAUGCCAAACAGUACUGUAUGUUCGCCAAAUGUGCAAACACACAGCACACACUACUGACGACGAGAACUCUUGGAUAGAAUAUUUUUUUGUACAACAUGAACAAGGACGACAUUGACUUUCCUGCUCUCUCGGCACACGCGCAGGACGGUAGAAGAAGAGGGAAGGUGUCCGUGAUCGCAAACCUGGCAACCCCACCCACCCACCCACCAUAUAUCCUACCGGCCGCCCCUAGCAACCCACAUGUUACCCCUCCGCUUUAAAAUCCCGGGGAAACCCUGUUCUUUUGCUGAUUUGAUUUCUGUACAAAUCAGCCGUCUGGUAUCACUGUUGAUCCUCUCUGAGGGCUGAAACAAGAGCGUCAUCAGUUUUUAAAUACAUUUGGUUUCAAGGAAAUAAAAGUAAACAGCAUCGUCCAAACCUGUCAUUACAGUGUCCUGACAAGGUUUUUAUAGCAAAGCAGCCAUUAUUUCCUGAUAUAUUCAGCUAUCGACACACAUCCUUGAGCCUGAAGUCUGAAAACAUCAUCUGUCCUCUUCUUGGUUCAUUCCUCGAUGUGCUGAUAUGGUUUUUAUAAUAGUCUAUCUGCUUCCCUGUUAUCACUAAGAUAAGAUAGAAAAACAUCUCGUUUCAUAUCCCAUUUCCCUCUCAUACUCGCCACAACUGUACUUUUCUCCUUUUUUUUUUUUUUUUUUUCUCCGCUUACUUUCAUCAUCUUUUAUUUGCCACUGCAAACUCUCUGUAUUUUCACUCUUCCAUAUGUGUGUGUGUGUGUGUACAGCGGAGUACAUUUUCCCUCCGUCGGAAUGAGCGAAAUGAACAUUUCUGGAUGAAAUGGAGCAGAACGUUGCAUUCUAACCCAAACUCGUUUGUCCCAUUUAUUCCUCCCGCACGGCCUCGGAGCACUAUCCUUACAGAGGAGAAUCAAAUUUCAGACCGUUGCAGGUUUUUAGUGACCGGCGUCAUUUCACAGGAGGGCUUGUAGAGAGAUUUUUUUAACGCUGAGCGCAUCAGUGCCAUCCUGACAUCAGGGUCUGCCUUUAAAAUUGUUUAUUGCACAUCACGUUGCCUGCAUCGGUUUGAGAUGCCUAGAUGCUCUCGUUUUGAAAUAUUCUAGUCAUCAGUCCAAUAUGGCUCUCCAGCCUCCAUGAUUUUUUUUUUUUCUUUUUUUUUUUUUCCCUGUGACAUAUCAAGAGGACCUUGGAGCCAUUAAAUAGACAAAAGGUUUUCUCCUCCAUUUGUCAGCCAGAGAUAGGUUUGGGCUUCAAUUAGGUAAACCUAUUUCAUUUGGAGUGCUGUUUUAUUCCCGGGAGACAAGCUGUUGAUGAAACACUCUAACAUUAUGGACCAUUGUGUUGUGAAAGCGGUGACCCACAAACAUGACCCGCUAGCUAAUGCUAGCCUUGGGAGAGAAACACACACACACACACACAAACACACCCACACACAUCCUCUCCUGCUACUUAAAACAGCUGCAUCUUGCUCACAUUGCUCACAUCACACAGCCUGACAUUUUGCACCUUAAAUCACCUUAUUGGUAUCAGACAAAAAAACGACAAAAUGUUAUAAUAACUCAUUUCUGCAGAGCUGUCAUUACGUCUGCACGCAGCAUGUGGCCGAGAGAACAGACAGUCCACUCACACGUUUAGUUUGCAGACACUUGAAUGAAAGCAGCGCACUUUUAGUGGCCUUUCUGUCAGGCAGACAUUAAGCAUAAUGUCUCAGCCAAAGCUGCUCUGUGUGUGUGUGUGUGUGUGUGUUAAUGUGUUAAUCAGUAGCUGUCAUCCACAUCGUCAAUAUCAGUGUCACACAUUCAAUCAACUGUUUUACUUUUUAAUUGAUUUGUUUCCAUUUUGUUCUGCAAAGAGUUGAUGUGAAAUGUAUUGUAAAAGCCUUUACAGUGUCAAAAAAGGUGAUGCUCGUCCUCUGAAGUGUCAAAUCCGAAUGCUACUACAGCAAAACUAUCAUAAAAACCCAGCCGGCCUCA